AUGCGAGCAUUCAGCGGUAUGCGGUGCUUCGUCCAGCUUUUGGCUUCGUUCAAAUCAGAUGAUAUCGCGAUAAUGGGUGGACACGGCGAAGGCGCUUUUCGUGUGGGUAUGGGAACGACUGCUCGUCCAUUUGGAAAGGCUGACAGUCGUCCGAGGCAGCCAUUCCGGAAGAGUCUCCCAACGUCUCAAGAAUACUCUGUACCAUCGCAGCAACUCACUAUGUUUGAUGCGAAGGUUCCCGGCUACCACCUCAGGAUUCUGUCGCUUGGUCGCCCUCUCUUCCCGCAUCACGUCCCACUGGAUCGAGCGUCCGCCAUCUUCGUCGCAUCGGAUCGAGCGCCGCAUCUCAACAUAUGUUGCAAGCAAGAAGUGCACAACGACGCCACGCCUAAAUGA